AUGGCUCAACGAAAAGUGCACACGGAAACGAACCAAUUGGAUAAAACCAAUCACCUCGAGAGAACCGGUCAUAUUGAAAGACAAAAGACAAAAAUUCCCGCGGAAAUAAUCUCGAUAAAAGAUGCCACCCAGACCAUAAAAACCUUCUUGUUCCGUCCCCUCCCUUCAUCCAUCGCCUUAUUUCACUUUCUUCCCGGACAAUGGCUCGACGUAUUCAUCCCUUCUGUUCCCGUGGUCGGUGGUUUCUCCAUUACCUCCACGCCAUCACAAUACUCUAGCGCGAAGACAUUUGAAUUGGCUAUAAAAUAUUCGACUCACCCACCCGCGAAAUGGUUUCAUGAGAGUGCCAGGAUCGGUGAUUCCGUGGAGGUUAGGGUUGGUGGAGAUUUCGUGUGGAAUAAGAAGAAAGAACUUGAGGAAGAAACGGAGAGUGUCGUGCUCAUCGCCGGUGGAGUCGGAAUAAAUCCAUUGGUUAGUAUGUUGGGAACUAUUUUGGAAAGUGAUGAUGAGGAUCGAAAGAAUGAAGGGAAAAGUGAAAUCGACGGACACAUAAAGAAAAUCAGAUUGCUGUAUAGUGCUAGAACCUUUAGCGAAUUAUUAUUUUAUGACCGAAUAGAAAAAUUACGAAGCGUAUGGUCAAAUGUAUUGGAAUGUAAGUAUUUCUUGACGAGAGAUGAUCCACCUUCAUUACCGAUCGUAAAUUUUGGAACGGAAUUUUAUUAUCGGCAAAGGAUAGAUCAAGCAAUCCUGAAUGAAUUGGUUGAAAGGGAACGAGCUAACAUGGACAGAUUGAAGUGUUUCUUGUGUGGACCUCCUCAAAUGGAAGAUGAUCUUAUAAAAUAUUUAAAAGAGGCCGGCAUGAAUGAGGAAAGAAUCUUGUUUGAAAAAUGGUGGUAA